UAACCUUGGUCGCUGAUACUGCUUCGUUCUGCGCUAUUGUCUAGCUUCCUUGAAACUGCGUUUCCGCAGGUGUACCUAUCAGGUGUUCCUUUUCAGCAUGUCACGUCGACGAAGUUAUCAAUUAACUGCACAGUUUCCGUCUCGUAGCACCAUUUACCGUGCAGCGAAAAGAAUGACAUCAGGAUUCAGCUACGAAGAGGUGCUUCUGUUGUCAGAAGCUAAACGACAGAAGGUUCAGCCACCUGCACACGUUAUCAACCGCAGUGAAGAUGACAGGGACCCCGAUGAAUUGGUACAUAACUUGAGAAAAUUGAUCGCAAAAUCUCAAGUACCUGCGUCUUUUGUUCGUCCACUGUUGUGCCUUGUGCAGCCGUGGAUGCCAU